GUGGACACAUAUUUGGGUAUUCCAUACGCGGAGCCACCGGUCGGUGACCUCCGCUUCCGAAGACCAGUGCCGGCGAAAAAGUGGUCAAAACCUUUGGACACAACCAAAUGGCCAAAUGCUUGCUAUCAAUCAGACGUUGAGUUACCAAUGAUGCACAACAAGAAUCGUAGCGAAGAUUGUCUUUAUCUCAAUGUAUUUUCACCCAAACCUAAUAAGUCGGACACUGAACUCAAACCAGUUAUGGUAUGGAUAUAUGGCGGGGCUUUCAUUAUAGGCUCGUCCAGUGAUUCGAGAUAUAAUCCACUCGUAUUGUCCACGAGAGGGAAUGUGAUCUUUGUGUCUAUUAAUUAUAGAUUGUCGUCUUUGGGAAUGUUAUACUCGGGAACAGAUGACGCGCCCGGAAAUACACUCUUCUGGGACCAGACAUUAGCCCUUCAAUGGGUGAAGAAAAAUAUUGCACGCUUUGGCGGAGAUCCCAAUAGAAGCGCUGGUAGUAUAUCAGUGUCUGGUCUUAUAUUAUCGCCAAUUAGCCGAGAUUUGUUUCAAAACGCUAUAAUGAUGUCCGGAUCGAUGCUUCUCUAUGGAGGCGUCGAUAUACCCGAAAAUUCGCUCAAAUAUUGGUUAAAACAAUCGCAACAAAUCGGGUGUUCAGAUGAAAGUGACCACAAGUUUACACCAAAAAUAAUGGAUUGCUUGAGAAGAGUGCCGAUUGAAAAGUUGGCUGUAAUUCCUUUAAGUCCUUUCAUACGAUCAGCUGAUAAGUUAGAUGUCGUUCCCAUGUUUGUCGUCGACGGAAAGAUAUUUCCCAAAACUCCGUUUGAAAUGUUAGAAACAGGAGAUUAUAAAAUGGGUUUGAAUCUAAUGAUAGGCAGUACUCAAGACGAG